AUGUCGGUUGAUUCCAUCCCCUAUGACGAACGGGACCCGGACAAUAGUAUACCACUAAGCCUCACUGCACAGGAAUUAACCUUGCAAGAAUCCAAGACAUACAUGCGAUGGUAUAGUGAUAUCCUUGCAAGGACAAAUAACAGAACAAUAUCAAUCAAUGAUGUUUUCAAUUUCCUCGUCAAUUUCAAGAUUCUGGAACAAAGCAAAAAUCGAAUAUGUCUGAUAUUCAACAAGAUCAGCUCAAGCAUCAAUAUCGGGGAGUUUUUCGCAUUACUAAGAGUCAUUAGUCACACGUUGAUGGGCGAGGAACCAGUAAGGAGAUUGAUCAAAGUAGUUGCACCAGUGCCGACUCCGCCAUCGAUCCUUUCUAAAAAGAGACAAAAUGACGAUGAAGGUGAUGAAGGCGCAAAUGGUGACGAGGGCGAAGAGGAAUCAUCAUCAUCGUCAUCAAAUCAAAAUGAUGGACAAGAUCUGAGACAAAGACUGAAGCCCAUGGCGCCUUUAGAUAUCGACAGUUUUACGCAAUUCCUACUCACUGGAGAAAGACCAGAUACCGCUAGCUCCUCAUCAAGUAUAAACAAGAAAAGGAAAUCAAAAAAAGUUAAAUUCUCAGAUCAAGUAGAUGUUCAUGACAACUCGCUAAGCUUUCUAUCGCCAGCAGAGUCACCGCAGCCAGUCUCAUCCGAAAAUCAAAUUGAUUACUCACUACCAAUGGAUCAAUUGCUCGAACAGAUCAAGAAACUGCAGCAGCAGCAGCAACAACAACAACAGCAACAGCAACAAAGUAGUGGCACCAGUGGCACCGCUGGAUAUGUUCAUAGCGGCUUAAGCGGGAAUACACAACAAUCUCAAGACCAAGAGGAAAGAGAAGUAUUGGAAGAGAUGGAACCACAAAUUAACCGAUUCCAUAAUUUGCAUAAUGUCGACACUGCUUCAGUUGAUGGCACUCCAGUACCGUCAAUGACUCAUAACGAUAACAUGUUUCUCAAGCCAAAUAUGACAGGUCCAGCACAGAUGUCCCAAUUGUUUAACCGAAUGAAUAUCACUCCAGAACCCGAGUCUUCUGAAUCCUUAACAAACGACCAGAAUAUGACUCCAUUGCGACCCAACGUUACUGGUCCAGCCGAUAUGGCGCGAAUGUUUGCGCCUAAUCCAUCUUUGACUCAACCACAACCACAACAACAACAACAACAACAACAACUGCAACUGCAACAGCUGCAACUCCAAGGUUCGAAUGAGGGCCUUCCAAAGAUUUCUCUCCUGGCAUUCUCGUCUCAAAUGACGGGACAAACAGCUCAAAAUACACUCCAAAACCAAAAGCCACCAGUGCCACGCCAUAGAUCAUUAUCGUCACCUAUACCAAAUAGAGCAGCCAAACCUGCACCUCCACCACCAAGGAAAAGAAGCGGUGCACAAGCAUUGGCACAAACACUGACGCAGUUACAGCCACAGUUACAGCCCCAAUUACAGCCCCUGCCACUGCCACUGCCAUUGCGGACGACUGGAUCUCCACAACCACCAGCACUUCCGCCAAAGAUACCGUACGAUAUAAAUGAGGCAAAUGAAGCAUCUCGCGUAGGAGGAUUGUACAAUGGAGGCGCAUCGAAUAACGAUCUGACAGCAAAUAUAUUGGAUGAUUUAAAGGCAUUACAAGAGGAAGUUGAUAAGAUUAGAAACCUCACUGGUGGGUUUUAG